AUGCCUCGUUUGUCUGUGUUAAUCACGCAAGAAGAGUGCUUAUAUGAUGAACAUUGGACAAAAGAGGCUGACAAUCUUUUAAUUGACCUUCUAAUGGAGUUGAAUGCUUUGGGUGAUUGGAAAUAUGGCAGACCCGAUCAUUCUGCUUUUAAUUAUUGCAGGUCGGGUAUGAAAUCAGAGUUGGACAUGAACUUCACCCUACCUGAUGUUGAGUUGCGGUUUGACUUUCUCCACAAACGCUACCGUGUUUUCAGUUGGAUGCUGCGCAAACAUGGCUUACGGCAUUGCGUUCAAUCCAACGUCUUAACGGCACCCGUAGCUGUCUGGGAUGACAUCUUUGAGUCCAACUCUUUCAGUGUGGCCUACCAACAUUGUGGUGAUCCUCGUUGGAAUGAGCUUAAGUAUCUUUUCACUUUGGUAUAUCCGACAUCACCUAUCUCAGAGAAUGUGCCAGAUUUUCACUCGACUAACCAACUUGUUGACCCAGAGAUUGUAGAACCAGCAUGCCUUAUGUCUGAACAGUCGAACAAUGAAGUGGUUGUUCAGUGUCCCACCGGAAACAAUUUUGACCCAUGUACGAGGCAUCGAGAACGUGAUGUGUCUUCCGAAUGCUCAGUUAAUACUCAACCACAACCACAGUUCAUGAAUCCAAGGCAAGGUACUCAUACGCCAUCGCGGAUUCCAAGGCCUCAACGCAAGACUGGUCUGUCCUCGUGCAAGGGCUCCUCCAGUGAACCUCAGAUUUGACAAGUAUAAGACUUUGUAGUAACGGUCAUGCUGAUUGUUGUUUUGUCGGAGCAUUGUACGGUAAUGUUAUUCUCCUGUUUACAUGGGAUUGAAAAUGUGUUAGUUUUCAUAUUUAUGUUGGCGUCAAUGGUGG